GAGUUUGAGGCCAGCCUGGUCUACAGAGCAAGUUCCAGAAGAGCCAAGGCUACAUGGAGAAAUCCUGUCUCGAAAAACAAAACCCCCCAAAACAACAUGGGUAUGCACUAGCCAUCCAAACCACUCCUGCACCUUCUUACACUAAAGAACAAAAACUUCCACAGGGAGGAGGAGGCUACACAACCUUAAAUCCAGAAAACAGGGAAAGGGCCCCAGCCCGCUCAAGUUGCUCAGGCAGGCCUUGUUGGGUAAGGUUAAAUCCUCUCAGAAGUCUUCACUGAGUGUGCCCCUAAGUGAUCUUGGGGAACUCAGGAUCCACAGGAUUGGUUAAGCCUGGCCUGUGCUGGGUCAGUGUGAGGGUGGGCAUAAAGCUGGGCCAGUGCUCUGGCCUCAGGGUCAGCUGGGGCCUGAGUCAUAGCGGGACCUUCGAGCCAGAAGUUAAGGGCAAGUGGUGUGCUAUUGUCAGAGGACAAUGACAGCUGGUGGCUGCUUCCCCAUUAGGAAGGAAGGAAUGCUGUGGGGCACCGGAAUAAGGUCCUGUGUGCCUGGGACCUUAGAGGGAACCCUACAGUGGUUGGUUUGUCUCCCAGCUUUGUUCUGGGUGCUAAGCAGCUUGAGAAAGCUAGCCAGCGCCUGCCUGAUUCUCCUUACCCUAUCCAAGGUGGUGUAUGCACGUGAGAAGUCAAGGAAGCAUAUGGAUUGUAGCUAAGGAAACCAUGGAGGAGUUUCCUUGCAAUGUUAAAGAGUUGGGGGCUGAGGAUAUGGAACUUCAAGCUCACACCCUGACCGGCUCAGAAGUCCCAUGCAAGGCCAGAGUUUUCCCACCUGUGUUAGGAGGAGUUGGGCAUAACUCUUUGCUCCUUUUCAAAACUAGGCCUGUCUUCCUCUCACCUGCCUGUCAGUCUAAGUCUGGAGCCCCAGCCCUGUGUUCCACCUGUGCUGGAGAAAGUUCGGGCAAAGGGGUUUGCACCGGGUAGUGCCCAGGACUUGGGUCUCUGCUGACAACUCCGCUAGCUUCAGCGUAGACACUGGCGCUUUAAGACGCUUUGACCCCAUGGCAUCCCGGCGGGGCGGAGACAGUGCAGGCGCCACCAGCAGAGGCAUUGCCCGGGAGGUAGUGCUAAGUGUCCUGCCCACCAUGCUGACUGCGCUCGCCCCGCCAGCCCUUCCAGGGCUCUCAAGGCAGCUGCCUGCCCCUGCCCGGCGUCAGGAUUCAUCCGGUUCGUCCGGCUCCUACCACACAGCUCCGGGUUCUCCGGAGCCCCCGGACGUUGGGCCGGACACAGAAGGCCGGGGGACUUGGCUCUGGGUGGCCCCUGGGCGGGGGGCGGGCGCGCAGCCUGUGCUGUCCGUCAGCGCCCAGAAUAGCCGCCAGCAGCACAGCUCCGGCUCGGAUUUCCCGCGAGGCCCGGGCUCCGGCCCGCUGCCGCCCCGGCCCCAGCUGCGCAUGCUGCCGUCGGGGGAGAUGGAAGUCAUCUUCGGCGCCAGGGCUCUGUUCAGCCGCUCCGACGCGGAGGAUCGGGAGGAACAACAGUUCAUGGCGCCUGCCAUCAGCAGUCCGUUGCUGCCCGGGUCACCGUCUCCUGUGUCAGUGUCGCCGCAGCCGCAGGCCCCCGACGGGGGCUCUCGCUGGGCCACCUACCUGGAGCUGCCGCCCCGCGGGCCGAGUCCGGCCGUCUCAGGCCAGUACGAGUGUGUGGAGGUGGCCCUGGAGGAGCGCACCGCACCGGUUAGACCCCGCACGGUGCCGAAGCGUCAGAUCGAGCUGCGUCCGCGGCCUCGGAGUCCCUCGCAGGACAGUCGCGCGCCGCGUCCCCGACUGCUCCUGCGCACCGGCUCCCUGGAUGAGUCUCUGAGCCGCUUGCAGGCCGCCGCAGGCAUCGUACAGACGGCGCUGGCCAGAAAACUGGGCUCUGAGGUCCCGGCCCCCAGCAAUGCCACUUUUAGAUCCACGGGGAAACCAGAACCCACGACGAAUCCUCGGGAAACAACACGCAGCACCCGUGUGGUCCCGGAAGAGGUCAAGUCUCGGCCACCCCGCGCACAAGAUAGUUCUGUCCACACCAAAGCCCCGCGGCCUUGGCCCAGUCUCCGAGAGCGAGCAAUUCGGCGGGACAAGCCGGCGCCUGGGACCGAGCCGCUGGGACCUGUUAGUUCCAGCAUCUUUCUGCAGUCAGAGGAAAAAAUCCAACAGGCUCACGAACAGGAAUCCAAGACUCAGUUCCCUCGUGAGACUCCCGAUAGAAUCGUACCGAGAACACGAAGUCCUCCCUUCCAUUCUAGAAGCUCCCGAGUGGUUCCCAGUAGGGUUGUGAGACCAAGGAGCCCAUCUCCUCCGCAGCAGACUCCAAACGGGGCCCUGCGGAGUCCUCGGUGCCCGUCCCCCCAGAACCUCUCACGACCUCAUAGGACUGUCUGGAGAAUGGGCAGUCCGUCCUUCCCUGAAGCAUCUUCUGAGUGGGAAAAUCGGAAUGAGGCCGUAGAGGACUACAGCAGAAGGAGCCCUUCCCCUCCACCUCUUUCACAAUGGACUCAGGGUGUCGCUAGAGUUGGGAACCCAGGUCCCGAAACUCCUUCUCUGUGGAAGGUUCCACAUUCGACAGGUGGAGAUGCUAUAGGGCUGAGUAGGGACCGGUCCUUGCCAGCCCUGCUCCCACAGGAGUUACCUGAUCAUCCUAUUGAAACGAGUACCCCAUCGCCCCGAGAGACAUGGGGUCCUAUUGUGCAGGGCUCAUCGACGGUAUUGCGUCAGGAAGCUAUGAAUGGCCUAACUCAGGAGUUGGAGCCGCCUACACCACCAGCCCCCGGGACUCCAGAACUCACAGAGGCGCAGUGUCUGCUCACCCCGGAAAAUGCGGAUAAUGCCUUCAAAGGCAGGCAGCCGUCUCCAGUUGUCGAUACACCGGAACCUCCCGGAAGUCAUCUCACAAGCAUCCUAGACGACGAUGUGUGCCCAGAAGCCUUGGCCUCGGGAGAAGCAGCUUCUGGACGGUCGCGCGUGACUAUUCCGCGGCCGCGAGACGUGCGCAAGAUGGUUAAGACCACUUACGCGCCAAGCUUUACCGCGGGAACCCCAAGUUCCGGGCUUCCCGCGCCUUCUGCUGACACCCGCGGGGAGGGCGAUGCAUCCAAAGCGCAGGAGCUCCCGGCGCUGGAGUCGCCGGCCCCGGCUCAUUAUACUUCCAUUUUUCUCAAGGACUUUCUGCCGGUAGUACCUCAUCCCUACGAGUCUCCAGAGCCUUCACUCCAUGCGACCCCUAAGGAUGUCUCCCACUCCAACCAGGUCCCGAGGCGGAGGGCAGAGAAUAACACCGCUAAGCCUUUCGCUCGCAGUGAGAUCCGCUUGCCUGGCGCUCUAGUCUUGAGCCGCCGGCGGGAGAAAACCCCAGCUGUCCAAGGAUGCGGUCCUGGGGUAGAAAACCUGGAUGCUGAGGCCCAGUGCCUGGUCCCAGACCACGAGGGUCGAACCAGUCCCUUAGGAGGCGCUCACACCUCAACCGAGUGGUCCCCUUUAGGAUCAGCAGGGACCCAACCUCCUCACCUCGGCUCCCCGCAGGCAUGUCCCAACUCGAGCCUUGGGACAGCACCCGAAUUGGAGACACCACUUGUGGCUCCUGCAACGGCGGUCCAGGCGCCCCUCCCGCGGGAGCCUCAGGCGACAGCGACCAGGACCGCUGCACCCCUCCCGCGAGCUGCCUCUGCGCCUCCCACGGAUCGACUCCCUCCUGCAUCCACCCAGGGGGCGCGGAGGCUUCCAGGAGCCGCGUCACCAGGAAAGGUCCUCGUAGACCCGGAGAGCGGUCGCUAUUACUUUGUGGAGGCUCCGCGGCAGCCGAGGCCACGGCUACUCUUCGACCCCGAGAGCGGGCAGUACGUGGAAGUGCUGCUGCCGCCCUCGCCCUCUCUUUCCCGGCCGCCACGACAAGCCUACACCCCGCUGGCCCUAGGGCCGGGCCUCUACCCGUCGGCCUAUGGGCCUGUCCCUGGCUCGUCACUGACGCCGCCGUCCCCCAAUCUCCCGGCCCUUGGCAGUCUCCAGCUACCCUGGACCCCUGAAGCCGGGCCCCUGGAGGGGAUGUACUACAUGCCCUUGAGCGGGACCCCCAGCCCGGCUCCACCGUUGCUCUUCUGUGCCCCGCCCUCCAGUUCCGGUCCCAUCCAGUCCAGCAAGGGUUCCGUGUUUCCUUUGUGAAGCCUCAGGUCCCGGUCCCCUUGGAGUUGUGUUCCCUAGAAAGCUUUGGGAGUUCUGGUUCCUAGUCACUUAAUUUUCCCUCCUCAACUCUUUGGCUAGUUCCAGCCAGUCCCCAGACCAGAUGUGACCUUAAGAGAAUGUAUCUGCUCCCUGGGCUGACAAUGCUGGAUCAUCAUUAACAAAUGCCUGGCUGCCUAUGUCCCGUGUCCCCCCCCGCCCCCUACCCCCCCCCCCGCAACAAAAAUCUGUAUUCCUUUCCCAAACCUUCCCAGGGUGUGGUGUAUGUGUGUAUGCAGGCAAGCAAGUAUGUCAAAGUGAGACCACCAAGAGUAAGAUGUUGGGGUUUCCCAGAAUGGCGGGUGUGGGAGUAGCAGGGCCAGGGCUGCCUGUGGUGAUGGUGAACUGUUGGUCUCUACCUAACACCGGGCCCCAGUCGAGUGGGCAGGACAGUGGGUGCUGCAGAGAUGGAGGGGAUGGGGGACAGCCAUCAAAUCUGGGUUUGAGCCUUGCUCUGGAAGGUUUUGGGAGAACGCAAUGAGGCCCCGGCCCCCGCUCAGGGCUGAGAAUGGCAGCUGUAGGGAUAGUAUGUGAGGUGGAAGAUGGAUGUUGUAUAAGGACGUGGAGGGUCGGCUUGGAACUGCAAGUCCCAGGAUCGCUGUGGUCCCUGUAAAGACAGCCAAAGGGACAAGCAACUCCUUGGCAGAAAGGCCUGCAGAAGGCGCUAGGAAGCGAGAAAGGGGAGUGACAUUGUUCUUUGGGCUUUCUGUUGAUUGCUAGGGGUGACUAGGUACAAGGGGUGAACUAAAGAAUGUCACGUGAUCAGUAAAUACUUCUCUUGGCCAGCUAUUCCUGAAGGCUGACAGGGCAGGGAGGACAAGGAUCUAGAAAAAUAAAUUAGUUUUGGGAGUUGUGGUUGUUUAACCAAAAUGGAAAGGCAAUGGAAGGAUGAGGGCUAACAGUUCACAGCAUGGAGCCUAACUCCUAACUCAUCAGGCCCCAGUGUCUGUCUUCUGUGAGCCAUCCGCACCCAGGCAGGAGGCAAGUGAGUUGAAUCUCUAAGAUGACAAGAGGGGAAGGCUGGGGUUUAGCAUAGGGGCAUGCUCUUGGUGUGUAGAAGGGAGGGCAGAGCUAGCAAAAGAAACCCAGGUGUGGUGGUGAAUGCCUUUAGCCCAGAACUUGGGAGGCAGAGGCAGGCAGAUAAAUCUCUGUGAGCUCCAGGCCAGCCUAGUCUACAAAGUGAGUGUGAGUUCCAGAACAGUCAGGGCUACACACAGAGAAACCCUGUUUCAAAAGACCAUUAAAAAAAAAAAAAAAAAGAACUGACAAGGGGCAGAAGAAGGAUGUCCAUGCAGAAGCAACAGUGCCCAACAGUGCCCACACAGGGACUGGCCCUUCAAGCUGCUCACAGCCCAGGGAAGCCCCAGACCUGUGCUCCACCUGCCCUGAGGUAAACUGAGAGAUGGAGCACGUCCCUGUGGGAUGGGAAGUGAUCUCUGUAGAUUUGAGCCUGAAGUGACUGGACCUUGCUGGAGGGUGUUUGGAGAGGGACAGUUCCCACUAGAAGCAGGGUCAGAGCUGGCGAUUGAUAGCGUUCUGGUUCCAGGCCUAUGCAACUAAGAUCCCCCAGAUCCCCUACCAGCCUUGCCCUGGACUGGAAACGGCUAAAACACUAAAUCAGAAUAGCCUGAACAUCUCUACCAACGAUUCUGAUCCCCAUGGCAUAGAGGGACCAGGCCACCCCCAGAGUGCAUCGUCUUGUCCUGGUGUGCAAUAAAUGGCUGGCCAUGGAAAGCCAUGGUGACUGUGAUAACAAUCAGUGUAUGAUCCUUAUUUCCUGCUGCCAUCCUUAAAACAAAACAAAACAACCCACUUUUCCCUGGAGUGGUGGUACCCACCUUAAAUUCCAGCACUUGGGAGGCAGAAGCAGGUGGAUUUCUUUGAGUUCAAGACCAGCCUGGUUUACAGAGCAAGUUCCAGGACAACCAGGGCUGUCUCAAAAUAGCCAUGUAAAAAACACUUAAAAUUCUGUAUUUUUAUUUGUGUUUACCUGCAUGUA